CCCCUAGACUCCACUGACAGCUAUAUAUACACCGCGACCACCAUGAUAUCCAUCUGGCCCUGUUGCCAUGAAUCUCUACCAGACGAGCUCUGAGAUACUCAACAAUACCUACACUAACGAGUCGGGGCAAGCCAUUUAUAAAGUCUCGACUCCACACAAGUUCUCCGGGCGCGUCACAACUAUCUCUCGCAUCGUACCCUCAGAUUACGAGCCCCCUCGCGUAGAAGACACAGACAGCUACGAACUUGGGAUGGACUUCAGAGAUCGGUUUGCGCCACUGGGUUACAUUGAUUGGAAGAUGUUUGCUUCAUCUGUGAUGCGAUAUAAGGGGGAGGAGGUCAAGGCAACUACAUAUUUGAAGAAGCAGGGCUGGGGAUGGUAUGGAAGCUACAUCGACAGGCACCGCGUAUUCAAGGGUCCCGAUGGCAAAGAGUAUAAAUGGAUAUUGGGCUUUAGUAUUCCCGAACUGAUCCUAAACGACGGGUCGGAAACCCUAAUCGCUAGAUUUUACACAAGAAAACUUGGCGUCUUUAGUCCUGCCAACGCAAGACCGGCCUAUCUGGAGAUUCUUCCUGAUGGAGAGCAUAUGGUUGAUGUCAUCUUCUUCACCUUCAUAUAUAUCGAGAAAAUCCGUAAAGAGAAAGAGAGAGCCGCACGGCGUAGACGGGCUGCUGCAGGAUCAUAA